AUGUACAUCACACUGGGUACUUUUAUAACCCCGAACGCGCUGUUCGUUCCGAAAGCCUCAUUCGAGGCACAGGCGUUUGCGCGGGGGCGACUUGACGGGCGCUGGCACCCGGCGGUCACUCGGAUUGCGCUGCGGGGGAACAGAGCAUUGCGCCAGCAACAAGUUGCAAGACGAAGCGCAAGCCGCUGGUUCAUGGGCUUCCACGACGAGUGCGGGGUUGUCGGUGUUAUGACACCGCUGCACAAACCGGCGUCGGACGUGCCCGCACGCUUGGCCUACUUUGCGUUGCACGCUCUGCAGCACCGCGGACAGGAAGGUGCCGGGAUUGUACUAUGGGAACCCGAUUCCUCGGACGCUCAAGUCAGUACCAAAGGUCAGUUGCGUGAGAUCAAAGGCCUCGGGCUGGUCUCCGAGGUAUUCACGGACGCGAUUUUGGGGGCGAGUCGGGCGGUUGCAGCGCUUGGACACGUCCGCUACUCCACGGCCGGCGAGAAAAACAUUCGAAAUGUGCAACCGUUCACUGUGAAGAUGCGGCACGGUCAGAUAGCGAUCGCUCACAACGGCAACUUAACAAACGCUGAAGCGCUGAAGCGAGAACUCGAGGCGCGGGGCACCAUUUUCAAUACAUCGUCGGACACGGAAGUUAUUCUGCAUUUGAUGGCACAGUCGGUUCAAGGAGGAUCCGCUGAUGCGCGUACACGCCUAACCGACGCGCUCGGUCGUGUUGACGGUGCUUACUCGCUGUGCGUCCUCACGGCAGGACAACUUAUUGCUGUGCGGGAUCCGCGGGGAUUCCGUCCCUUGAUGCUUGGUCGAAUAUCGGAAACUUCGCCAGCCACUACGACUGGAUCACCCCCGGACGCCUCGAUGACGACGUGGAUCAUCUGCAGCGAGUCGUGUGCCUUGGACAUGGUUGGUGCAGAGACCGUCCGUGAGAUUGAACCGGGCGAGCUGGUGGUUAUCGAUCGCGCCAGCGGAAACCUCCAGUCGUUCUUCCCGUUUCCACGGCAGCAACGUCGCGCUUGCAUUUUCGAGCACAUCUAUUUCAGUAAGGUCACAUCGAAUGUGUUCGGCCGAUCGGUGUACCUCUCGCGGUUUCGAUUUGGAGAGUUGUUAGCACAAGCAGCACCAGUCGAAAAGGGGGCCGACUACGUCGUUCCAGUGCCGGACAGCGGCAUUGCUGCCGCCCUCGGAUUUAGCGCUGCGAGCGGGAUUCCCUUCCAGAUGGGCAUUUCGAGGAGCCAUUAUGUUGGUCGAACCUUUAUCCAACCUACCCAGGAGAUUCGCAAUGCAGGUGUCAUGUUGAAGCUAACGGCUGUCCGUAGCCUGAUUGAGGGCAAGCGCGUCGUUGUUGUGGACGACUCGAUCGUGCGCGGCACCACGAGUCGCAAGAUUGUACACAUGUUGCGCGAGGCUGGCGCUAGCGAGAUCCAUUUGCGCAUCGCUUGCCCGCCAAUUAUAGGCAGCUGCUACUACGGGGUCGAUACACCGAAUCGCGAGGAACUGCUCUCGUGGCGCAUUCCAGACUCACAUAAGGCUUGCGAGUGGAUUGGAGCGGACUCUUUGGGAUUUUUGUCCCUCGAGUCGCUUAGAUCCUUCCUGGCUGAUGAGAGCGGGGACUAUUGUUACGGCUGUUUCAAUGGCCAGUAUCCAGUUCUUCCGGUCGAUGCCUGA